GCAUCUGCAAGGCGCCAACGAGUGUAACUCGGCAUUUUUGGCUGCGUCGUUUCGUCCCACUGGGAGUGCUAUCGGCGGUUACCAUCGGUACUGGUAACUCUGUUUACCGAUAUCUAUCGAUAUCAUUUACUCAAAUUCUAAAAGCGCAAACUCCUGUAUAUAUUCUCAUCGUUAUGCUAAUCUUCCGAGUGCGG